UAGAGAGUGGGGGUGAGAGGGUUUAGAGGUUGUUAGGUGAUGGAGAGUGGUAAGAGAUGACAAGUGUGAUCGGAAAUUAAGCCUGGGUUUUGAAUAAGAAGGAAGGGAUUUGAUAUUUGAGAGAUUUGAGUGAGGGAAAUUCAGCCAAAAGUCAAAGAGGGUGAUGAUUUGGAGGGAGACUUUAAAAGGUAUGAGGAUACAUCUUUGAAAGGACGUAGUCUCCUUUACAAUGUUCAGGCUAAAUCAUUACUAGCUUCUGCUUCAGGAUCCAUAAGAGAGUGACUGCUUCAUCUAAAUAAAGAGGAGGAUCGAGAAAACUUUAUCUGGUACCUACAACGACUCACACUUGUAAAUAAGCAAUUGGUUGACAUUAAAGCCCUUUGUUUCCAAAAUCAGCAUGAAGAAAUCACCUUCCAAAACAAUGAAACAGAAGAAGAAAUCAAGAAAAUAAAUAAAAAAGAAAAGAAAGAAACACAGAGACAGCCGUCUUUCAAACUAAAUAAGGAUUCGUUCCUUCAGAGAGCAGCUCAGAAAAAGGUGCGAAAACGAGAAUUAAGAACUCUUAGAACAUGUCAAAAAGUAUCGAAUGAUGCAAUAAUAGCAAAGUAUCCGAAAUUUUUGAAAAGUCAAGAUUCUAACCAAAAGGAAAUGUCUUACUUUUAGGCCAGAAAGAAAAGAUAUGAUAAUGUGAGAGCUAUGUGUAGUCCCUCUCUCAGCGGUAUUUAGUUUGAUAGAAAUUCAUUUAACUGAAAAUAAUGAGAAGCAGACUAACUCAUUUUUUAAAAUCUUGAAAUAUUGAAAUCUAGGAGCCCUAUUGUUAUUGCAUCGUUAUCAAAACAGAAGGAUAACUCCAUUCUUCCAAGAUUUACUUAAGAUCAGUUCUAGCGUUUUGAAGAAACUCGAGCUGCAUCGGUUAGACCUCACCAGAAUGCAGUUUGUUAAAACUUUGAAGGUAUUUAAAAAUCUGCCAGAAAUGCUGUUUGUAUCAUGCAAGUUCAUUUUACAAUGCCCUAUUUACCUAUCAAACGCUUUAGAAGGGUGCAAGAUCUCAAAAUUAGGGUUCAAAGGCUGAGAGUCAGAUACCAACUGUGCAUGGGGAAGCAAUUCAGAUGAAUUAGAUACCUUCAUCGAAACUUUAUCAAGCUCUGAACAUCUCAAGAAGAGUUGCAAAACUUUUAUAUUUGAAGAAGAAUUCACAAGAAAGAUGUAUGCCAUUAUUGAGUUGAAAUUAAAUGGUUUUAAACUUGUAGAUGCUUAAAAAUAAUUAGUAUCUUUAAAUCCAGUC